UAAUAAAAAGUUUAAUUAUAAAUAAAUAUUUGCUUCCUUAAAAUAAGAUGUAAGAAGCUAAUUAAAACUAGUGUGUUCGAUAGAUAAAUAUAAAUUAAGAUGAUGGAAACAAAGAUGCUCACACUAAUUAAUAUUCAGAAUAAAACGAAGACUAAGUUUUGAAUUAGAUUAAUUAAAAUUCUAAUUAAAAUUAAUAAAAUAAUAUUUUAGAUUAGUAUGUUGAUCAUAAAAUUUCUUUAGAAGAACUGAAAAUAAAGUAUAAUACUGACUUUGCUUUAGGUUUAACAGAUGAGUAAGCUAAUAUUUUGUUGAAAAAGCACGGCGAAAACAAAGUACUUCCUAAGAAAAAAAAUAUCAUAUUCUUGUUCUUCAGAUAAAUGAAAAAUAUUUAUUCUCUAUCUCUUUGGCUAUGUGUGGUUCUAUUUCUUGUUGCUCAAAUUAUACAACCAAACUCAUCUAAUAUUUAUCUCACUAUUAUACUUGCUAUUGUAAUUUUUAUUAGUGCAGCUAUUAACUUUUAAUAGCACUCAUCAAGAGAAGUGUUAAAAGAUAGAUUAUAUUCCCAAUUUACUGCUUAAAAGGUUGAUGUUAUUCGAGGUGGUUAAAAAAAACAGGUAGAUCCAAGUUAACUUGUUGUUGGUGAUAUAAUAUAAAUAAAAUAUGGAUAAAGAAUUCCUGCAGAUAUUCGCAUUUUAUCAUCUAAUGGAAUGAUGGUAGAUAACUAUCAACUAACAGGCGAAAGUGAACCUUAAUAUCGAACUGUUGAAUGCUCUCAUCCAGAAAGUUUUUUAGAAACUUCAAAUAUUGCUUUUUAUAGUACUUUUUGCUGUAGUGGUUCUGGAGAAGGUGUUGUAGUAAACACUGGAAGUAAUAAUAUACUUUCUAUAUUUGAAUAAUUAGAAUAAGAAGAAUAAUAAGCUAAAACUUCUUUAAGUAUUGAAGUUAAUCGCUUCACUAUUUUUAUAUUUAUAGUUGCAAUUUUCUUAUGUUUAUUGUUUUUCUUAUUAGCUUUCUUUUAUAGUGAGUUUAACUUGUCUGAAAGCUUUGUAUUUGGUAUUAGUAUUCUUGCUAGGAGCACUCCAUUAGGUUUAAUAUGCUGCUUUUCAAUCUCUCUCUCUAUUGCUACAAAUAGUUUGCAUGAUAAAUAAGUUUAUGUAAAAAAUCCUUAAAUUAUAGAAACCCUAGGAUCUGUUUCUUGCAUUUGCACUAAUACUACUGGUGUUCUAACUUAAAAUAUAAUAUCUGUUCAUAAUUUAUACUAUAAAGGAAGAGUUUAUUAAUCUAAAAAUAUGGUUCAUCUUUAAGAUGGAGAGACUCCUCAAUAUGAUAUAUAAGACCCUGAUUUUAAGAUUCUUCAUCAAGCAGCGGUACUUAGCUGUGAAGCUCAAUUUGAUACUUCUUAAUUAGUAGAUAAACAAGAUAUUGACUAUUUGAAUUGCCCAGCAGUAGGUAGUAAUACUGAUAUUAGUAUUAUUAGAUUUUAUUAGUACAUAGAAGAUAUCAAUGAAUUUCGCAAUAGACAUAAAAUUGCAAUAAAUCCUAAUGGUACACUUUGUAAAAUACCAUUUACUAAUUAGAUGAAAUGUUCUUUAAUCAUAAUUGAGGAAUAGCAAGAAGAUAGUUACUACACUGUUUACGUUAAGGGUUCUCCAGAAAGGAUUUUGAGCUUUUGCUCAGAAAUAAUAUUAAAUGGUCAGUCAUCUUAACUAAAUAAUAGGUGGAGAGAAAAAAUAAAUGCUGUUAUUAGUGCUUUUUAUCGAGAUGGUUAAAGGACGCUUGGAUUAGCUAGAUUGCACUUAUCAAAUACUUAGUUCCCAUAAGGAUCUAUGAUUAACGUUUCAUCCUUUUAAAAUCUUCCUUUUAAUCUUUAAAAUUUUUAAUUUUGUGGUUUAAUUUCAUUUAGAGAUCCUCCUAAAUAAGGAGUUUUAUAGUAAGUUUAAAAAUUAAGAAAAGCAGGAAUUAAAGUUAUCAUGAUUACAGCAGAUCAUCCACAUGAAUCAGCAAGCACAGCAAAAUAGUUAAAUUUCAUUCCAAAAGAUAUCUUAACUAACUUAGAUUUGAUGGAAAUAAAUAAUAAUCUUUCUUGGUUUGAAGCAAGCCAGCAGUGCAAAGCUAUUGUAGUCAGUGGUGUAGAUAUAGUAUAAUAUAUUGAAUAAUCCUAGGAAGAGAAUGAGGAUGAAUAUUAUUAUUUGCGUUAAUGGAUAUCUAAACCUUACUGUGUUUUUUGUAGAGUAUUUGAAAAAUAAAGGAAAUAAAUUGUUGAAGUUUGCCAAAGAGAAGGUUAUAUUGUAGCAGGUAUUGGAAAUAAUUAUUAUGAUUUUAAAAUGAUUAAAUAAGCAGAAGUGGGUAUUUUUAUCAAUUUAUCAGAUUGGGAAAGAAAUAAAUAUGCUGCUGAUAUUAUUUUAUUAGAUAAUGACUUUUCCUCAGUCGUCUCAUGCAUAGAAGAGGGUAGAAAAAUAUUUGAUAACAUGAAAAAAGCUAUAUUUUUCCUUUUUUCUUCGAAUAUGGCAGAAAUAAUCCCAUUUUUAUCAUUCAUAAUUUUCUAAAUUCCAUUACCACUUUCAAAUAUUUAUAUGCUAAUUUUAAGUUUAUGCAAUCAGUUUUUGCUUGCUAUUUCUCUUGCAUAUGAAGAGGCUGAGACUGAUUUGAUGACAAGAAAACCUCGAAAUAAAACAGAACAUUUAAUUUCUAAUAAAUUAAUUACCGUAUCCUGUUUAUAAACUGGUUUAAUAGCUAGCGCAGCUGGUCAUCUAGGAUAUCUUAUAGCAUUUAAUUAUUUUGGAUUCCCCGUUCUUUCUUUAUUUGGCUUAGCUUCUAUUACAGGAUAUAGAUCACCUUAAAACGAUUUUGGUAGUUAUAUUAAUCCAUUAAUGAACAACUAAAUUGAUCCUUUCUAUAAUUAAGAUUUAUACAACAUCACAAAAUUUGAUAACUGUAAUAAGCCUCAAUACUAAGAAGCUAUUUCUAAGUUAAAAUAUUAAAUAAAUUGGUUUAAACUUACUGAAGGUAACUUUGAUUUGAGAAAAUCGUUGGUAUAUUGUGAUCCAGAAAGUGGGGCAUUCUAGCCUAAUAUUAAUUGGAGUUAUUGUGAUAUUAAUAAAUAAUAAAAUUGGUCUCCUUUAAUAUCCCAAACAGCAUGCUACUCGACAGAAGCUCUAAACUAUGCUUAAAGUGUUUAUUUUGUAACAAUUAUUUUUGUAUAGUCGUUUAAUAUUAUUGCUUGUAAGACUAGAUCUACAAGCUUUGUAAAAAGUUCUUAUAAUUCUUUAAUGUUUUAAGGAAUUGCAUUUUAAACAGUUUUGGCUAUAAUACUAUAAUAUAUUCCUGGAAUUUAAACAGUAUUUGGGGGUAGACCAAUUAUUUUCUGGUUAUGGACUAGUUGCUUAUCAAUAACUAUUUUGUUGCUAAUUUAUGAGGAAAUAAGAAAAUAUUGCUGUAGAAAGUAUAAAUGGUUUUAUAAAUAUUGUUAUUGGUGAUAAUUAAAAUGUUUAUUAAUUUAUAAAAUGAUAAAAGUGUUAUAAAAAUAAUUCUUUAAUUGUAAAUUAUCCAAUAUUCUAAACCCAUUUAAAUGUUUUACCCGUGGCAUGCAAACCACGAAAUUGUUGUAUGACAUCUUGCUAUAUUAGAAUUUUAGUUAAUAUAUUUUUUUAUAAUAAUGAAUUAGUUAAUAUUUAAAUUUGAUGUUUCACAU